GAUAGCCCUCGCGCGGUGAGUCGGAGCCUAGCCGGACCGAUCCUUCUGUUUACAAAUCUUGUCGUCACGUGACGACACCUGCACGCUCCACGCGGGAGUCUCGUUUCAGCGUGAAGUGUGCUGCUGCUCUUUUCUUGGAUUAAAAGGGUGGCGAGAUGUUGAGCUCCAAGCUGCUCACUCUGGUGCUGGUGGUCCAGCCGGGUAGGGUGCUGCUGGGAAUGAAGAAGAGGGGCUUUGGGGCUGGAAAGUGGAACGGAUUCGGUGGCAAAGUUCAACCUGGAGAAACUAUCGAGGAUGCAGCCAAAAGGGAACUUCAGGAGGAAAGUGGCCUCACAGUGGACGUGCUGGAAAAAAUUGGGAAUAUCAAAUUUGAAUUUGUUGGAGAAACACAGCUGCUUGAUGUCCACAUCUUCAGAGCCGAUAGUUAUAAUGGUGAACCAUCAGAAUCAGAAGAAAUGAGGCCUCAAUGGUUUGACCUUGACAAAAUCCCCUUCAGUCAGAUGUGGGCCGAUGACAUCUUGUGGUUCCCUUUGAUGCUACAGAAGAAGAAAUUUGUGGGAUACUUCAAGUUCCAGGGUCAGGACGUGAUUCUCAGCCACACACUGGAGGAGGUGCAGCAGCUGUGAUGCCAAACCGUCUUGUGGCUAAUAUUUAUGUCUGAGACCAAAAAAAAAAAAAAAAUAACAGCAUUAAGUGUUCAACGAUUUAACAAUAAUUACAAGAGAUAGCUGUUGAUGUUCACGGUUAAUUUAGCAGAGUGAAUGAGGGGAUCCUAUGGACCUAAGGAGAGAUGCGAAGAGAAGCUUUUACAUACUUUGCAACUGUAACAAAAGUGGAUUAAACCUUUUUUUCUGUA